CAAAUACGCGUUUACAGAACAUAAACAUACAACUGAUCUAUAAAACAUCAGUGGUCGUCCUCCCUAAAGUCACUGUUUGGCUGCUGCAAAGCUAAACGAGCUGGGAGGGAAACCCGGCUCGCAGAGCGCUCCAGGCUGAUUAUGUGAAAGCUCACAGAGCCAUAAGUGGUUGCGGGUUUAACAGUAAAGAGGCAUACCCAAUGAGCGCACUCGAGCACCUCCCCAAAAUGUUCUGAUUACAGGCGCUAGAUGUUUACAUAUUACGCGCGCAUAAGGCGACAGAAGGGGAGAGCCGCUACAGUAUACAAGUAGAAAACAGGGAUGGAUCACAGACCGGCGGAUUUCGCACUUUGUGGACGCGCAAAAGCAGCCUUUUAGUGCACCGCAUCCUGGAAUAUUCACAUCUCAUUCUUUUUCGCAAUUUGCCAUUUAAAGAUCAAACAAGUUUCUGGUGCACCAAAAGUGUUUUGCAUAUUGCGCAUAAUCAUGUUUUUGUUGCUAAGGUCAGUUCUUCUUGUUAAUGUGUUAUAUGUUCAAUGGAAAAUUGUUGGUUCAAUGCAGAGUCAGUUGUGCAAACCCGUCAGACUGGACCACCAGAGAUUUGUAAAGAACAGUUUAGUCGGUGUUGAAGAGAACGCGUUGCCGCAAAGAGUUGUAUUCAGAAUAAGUGCAUUCGAACACGAUUUUGUGCUCGAAUUGCAGUCGGACUUCAGUUUCAUUGCCCCAGGGUUUUCUGCACACACAGACGCAACUACUCAAAAUUCAGCUCAGAGUGAAGAUUUGAGCCGGUGUUUCUAUGCCGGCGAGGUGAAUUCUGACCCCUUGUCCUAUGCAGCGCUGAGUUUAUGCAAAGGCUUGCAGGGCGCUUUCGGCUACGAUGGCUGGGAAUACUUCAUCAAGCCUGCUUUCAACGACGCCACCCCAGCAACCGAUUGGGAAAAUGUGGAUGCGCAUCUUAUCAGACGCCGGUUUAACGCAAAUCUGAAUGGAACUUCCACUUCAAGGUGCGGUGUGGACAGCGGAGUUACCCACACCGUUGCAGAGUCUUUGGCAAAGUUUAAACACCUGAAGGAGCAACACAUUAGUAACCUGACUAUGUCAGUCCUGAGAAAUCGCUCGAAAAGGUUUGUCUCCACUCCGCGUUAUGUUGAGACAUUAGUGGUGGCCGAUGAGUCCAUGGCUAAAUUCCACGGUGACGACCUGAAGCAUUACGUUCUGACUUUAAUGUCGGUGGCAGCAAAGCUUUACAAACACCCCACCAUUCUCAACUCUAUCAACAUCGUGGUCGUCAAGUUUAUGGUGAUUAACGAGGAAGAGAAAGGACCCAAGGUGUCCGGGAACGCAGCGUUGACCCUGCGUAAUUUCUGCACCUGGCAAAAGAAGCUGAACAAAAACAACGACACGCACCCGGAGUAUUGGGAUACGGCCAUCCUAUUCACAAAAGAGGACCUGUGUGGAUCCUCAACUUGUGACACACUGGGUAUGGCAGAUGUAGGCACUAUGUGUGAUCCCAAGAGAAGCUGCUCUGUAAUUGAAGAUGAUGGGUUGCCAUCUGCCUUCACUACUGCCCAUGAGCUUGGACACGUCUUUAAUAUGCCACAUGAUAAUGUUAAGGCAUGUGAGGAGGUGUUUGGCAAGCUGCAGGACAAUCACAUGAUGUCUCCCACUCUGAUCCGUAUCAAUCGCACCAGUCCCUGGUCCCCAUGCAGUGCUGCCAUUAUCACUGAUUACCUGGACAGUGGACAUGGUGAUUGUCUCUUGGACCAACCUCAGAAACCUUUAACUCUGCCAGAAGUACUCCCUGGUGCAUCAUAUGUUUUAGAGCGGCAGUGCGAGCUUGCCUUCGGAGCUAGUUCAAAGCCAUGCCUGUUCAUGCAGGCACCAUGUCAGCGCUUAUGGUGCACAGGGAAGACCCGUGGGCAACUGGUGUGCCAGACAAGACACUUUCCAUGGGCAGAUGGAACUAGCUGUGGGGAUGGACAGCUCUGCAUGCGGGGUACCUGUGUAGAGAAACAAGAGAUCUCCAAAACUAAGUUGGAUGGCAGAUGGGGUAAAUGGGGACCAUUUGGAACAUGCUCCAGAACUUGUGGAGGUGGAGUGCAGCUGUCAAAAAGAGAGUGUGACAACCCAGUGCCAGUUAAUGGGGGCAAAUACUGCCAAGGAGUGAGGGUCAAAUACCGUUCCUGCAACCUCACCCCAUGCCUCGACACAGGAACGAGCUAUCGUGAGAAACAGUGUGAAGCUUACAAUGGGUUUAAUCUAAACACUAACCGGCUUACCCCCUCUGUUGUAUGGGUACCCAAAUAUUCCGGAAUUUCCAUCAAAGAUAUGUGCAAGCUGAUUUGCAGGGCAAAUGGAACAGGCUACUUCUAUGUUCUUGCCCCAAAGGUUGUUGAUGGAACACCAUGUUCUCCUGACUCCUCAUCUGUCUGUGUCCAAGGUAAAUGCAUCAAGGCAGGUUGUGAUGGAAAACUACACUCCAAUAAGAAAUUCAACAAGUGUGGUGUCUGUGGAGGAGAUAACAAGAAUUGCAAGAAGAUCUCAGGCCUUUUCACCAAGCCCAUACAUGGUUACAAUUUUGUGGUCAUGCUUCCCAUUGGAGCCUCCAACAUCGACAUCAGGCAGCGUGGCUACAAGGGCAUUUUGAGUGAUGACAACUAUCUAGCCGUCAAGAACAGCCAGGGAAAGUACCUGCUAAAUGGAAACUAUGUGGUGUCUGCAAUGGAGAAGGACAUUCUAGUAAAUGGAAGCUUGCUUCGUUACAGUGGAACCAUCGGUUCCUCUGAGACUCUCCAGACAGUGAAGCCUCUUGGUGAGGCCCUGAUAAUUGAAGUGUUGUCUGUGGGCCAGAUGACACCUCCACGCAUCCGCUAUUCCUUCUACUUACCACGGGAGAGCAAAGAUACCAAGGUGCAAAAGAAGCAUGAAAAUACACAUGCCGAAAACAGUGUGCUUGGGGAAGAUGGAGGAAUCAAUAAAGGUGGAAAAGACUCAGAUCUGCUCAAGGACAUAAUCUCACCAUCUUACAUCAAAGAUAGCCUAAAAGUUGGAAAGUGGGUGGCAGCAGGGUGGGAUGUGUGCUCAGUUACCUGCGGUAAUGGGCUCCAGAGGAGAAUGGUGCAGUGUCUCAUUGCAGAUGGUGGGCCUGGGGUGGACUGUGACCCCAACCAUAAGCCUAGUACUAUUCAGGUAUGUGGAGACCCUUGCCCCAUGUGGGAAGUGAGUGACUGGUCCCCCUGCUCCAAAACCUGUGGGAAGGGAUUCAAACGGCGCCUGCUUCGCUGUGCUACAAAUACAGGAAAGCUGCUACCCAGAGAGCACUGUGCAGGCAAGAAGAAGCCACAGGAGCUGGACUUCUGUUCACUAACUCCUUGUAAAUAAUCCUUACCUUCCUUUCCUCCCAUCAUUAAUUCCAUACAUGGUCCUUCCAUUUUUUUCAAAUUACUUAUUCAGAGAACAGAGAAAAGAACAAACAAAAAGACUGGUUCAUAUUUUGUAUUGCCUCAUCUGCCUGAAAAUGGAAAAGAUUAAAUGAACAUCCAUAGAAAAAUUAUGAGGCAGACAACUGAGGUCAUUUGAUAGAUAGGCUUGAACACAAAUGCAAAAGUAGUCUACCUCGAACUGUAACCAAACUGUUUAUUGAUAUAAUACAUGCAAUAUAUACCAUGUCUUCUGAAGCGAUACAACCACUUUGUGUGAUGAACAGCAUACAAUUUAAGUAGUUUUUUACUGUGAAAUCUUACAACCAAACAUGGAAUAUGACACCAUGUGAUUUGGUCACGAAACUCGAUGAAAACCAAUGAGGUUUGAUGUUAUCGAUGUAGCUGCCAUAUUUUUGUAAAUGCUUUAUUAAUGAUUUGAUUUGAGAGUUAAAGGCUUCAAUUUUGUUCUGUUCAUUGCAUAAAGUUAUUGUACCUCUUCAGACAACCUGGAACGUAGUCAAGUUUAUAUAUAUAUAUAUAUAUAUAUAUAUAUAUAUAUAUAUAUAUACAGAAUACAUAUUAUUUUUAAGAGAGAAAGUCAUGCCUGUUUGUAGCGAAUAAAGUUAGGGUGAGUAAAUAAUAACACAAUUUUGAACUAUCCCUUUAACUGAAUGGACACUUUUUCCACAAACAUCAUUGUAAAAAAUCUCUAUUUGUGUGAGCAACUUAUGUUUAAAAUGACCUUUGAUGAAUGCUUGGAGUGAAAGCUAUCCAAAACUCUGAUAUGCCCCAUCUGAGUUAACAGAAACAUUCCUCUGGGUAUAUAGUAAACUAACCUAGAAAAUGCCCUUGUGCUGCAUGGAACUGGUUGCAUCUAUAUACACUUUGAUUCUCUCUUUUAAAUAGUGAAUAUUGUACUGGGAAAAUUAACUGUGUCAAGACCAACAUCCAAGGACGAGACCGGAGUAUUUUAAUAGGAUGUUAAUAUUUGAAAAAAUGGUUUACUGGUUUAUUUGUUUUUCAAUUUUUUUAAAAUCUUGCUAUACUACAAAGCCAACAACAUCCUAGCAGCUCUCUCCUGUUUUUGCUUGAGGAAUUUAAAUUAUUUGUCAACAAACAGACUUAAGUAGAGCAAGGAAGCAGGUUAUCCCUAUGCUUUACAUCAAGGAAGCAGGUUAUCCCUAUGCUUUACAUCAUGUAGAUAAAUUAAUGUCAUGUCACUAGAAGUCUACUUUUCCAAGCACAACUAAAUUCCACCAAGUCCUUUCAUGCAAUCCAAGGGUCAACCUUUACUCACAUGUUUACACAGUAACUCAAGAUGGGCCAUUUUGACAAAGUGCAGAUCAUGGAAAUAUUUCAAAUUUAAAAGAUGUAAUAGCCUCUUAAAAUAAAACAGCCAGGAGAAAGCCUUACAUAUACAAGGCCUGUGUUUUAUCAUUAAGCAUGUUUUAGCAUGUUUGACUUCUGUCCUUAGACAUUUUUGCAUGUCCUUUCAUCACCUUCAAGCCCUCACUGUUUUUUAUCUCAACAAACCUAGUUUUUCUGGCCAGCAUAUUUCUGGCUGUCAACCAUGUUCUGCACUGCCAAACACAUACACUCCUCAUCCUGUUUUCAGCCAGAGAUCUUUUUUGUUUGUUAUAAUGCUGUUUAGCAAACAUGUCCUCCUCUCCUCUCCUCUACCUAUCACAGAGUCAGAGGUGCAGCUGCUAUAAUCAUGCCCUGUCUGGUACAGUUGCCAUUAUAACUAAGUUAUUAUGACUAUUAAAAUGAAUAUUGAGUGCUGGUAGCACAAGGCUGUGUUGUGACCUGUUCUUUAGUGGUAAGUAAUUCAUUGUAUACAGUAUGUGAAAAUCCCUGUAAUACACUAAACAUUUUACAUUUGUGAUAAAGGUUCUUCAGAGUGACCAUAUUGUCCAUCUAAAAGAUGGUUUUUUAUUACAAUUUGUUUUCUUUAGCAUUUUGUACAGCAAAAGAUUUGAAUGUCCUUCAUGGGCUUGUAUACCAUGUAUACAUCCAUCUGGCUGUGCACAAACAAGUCAUGUAAAUACCUAUUAUGUCUUGUUAUACAUAAAUAACAAUUUUCCCCCCUCAUCAAUGCUUCAAGGUAUUUAUUCCAAA